AUGCCGAGCGAGCGCUCGCUAAAUUGGUGGGCCAUGCGUGAGUGCAGUGAAGCUCGGACAUCGAUCAGGAUGAGAAAGGGACGCAGAAUUGUGAGAAGAAUGGGACACAGAAAUGUGAAAAGAACAAAUACAAAUUUACGAAAGAGAGUGAAAAAGUGUGCACAGGAUAGCUUGCGUGAAUAUCUGGUCCAAGAGUGCAAAGAAGCGGCAUUCUGGCCUCAAGUACUCGCCUUCUGCUUGUAUGUUCUCCCUCGCUACGAGCUGAACCAAUUCCAAGCUGCAGUUUUUCAGUGCGAUUGCAGCAAUACCGAAAUCGCAAGUAGUGCCAAAUCGCAAGUAGUGCCAAAUCGCGGUGCAUGGGCCCGCAGAGCCAUACAAGCAGAGCUCGGCCAGGGCCAACUGCUACGCACAGAGCAGCACAACUACCCCUGGGGUAAGUUUUUUGUCGUGUCGUCCCUGAUGUUCGCAAGUGGCCACUCAAUUGGUUGA